AUGUCGGGCAAUGUCACUAAUGCGACCAUCACGACGGAAACAUGUGCAUACUGGAUGGAGGAAGGAGCAAUCCCAGAAGCCGAUAGCGAGAUCUCUGGCGUAGGUGCGAUACUGGCGUUUUUACUCAGCGCCUAUAUCACGUUCGCAAUUGUGCUGGUCUCAUAUUUACUGGGCUCAAUCGAUGCAAGUCUCUUGCGACCUGUGGACUUUUAUGUCCAUCGACUUCCAUCACAGCGACGCACGAGUCCUUCAUGGCAUAAGGCAUUGCAACAAUGUGUUCUCCUCUUCAGCGACCAACAGAUCGUCACUGGUAUCGCCAUCUGUAUUGCGGGUUUCAUAGGCUUACAUGGCCGUAUCUCCGUGUAUCACUUCCAAACAGUCAUCAUGCUGGCUUGGAUGUCAAGCUCGGUCCACCUUUCGGCUCUCACAAUGCUAGGAGACUAUUUUCGCAAGCGGCCUGCGGUGCUGGGUUGGCGUAUCGUCGGUAUGCUAGUGCUACUAGUCCUACUACUUGUGGCUCUGGUACCUACCGCAUCCAAUCUUUGGGCACUCUGGUGGGGUCCGGAUCAAGAGACACAUGAUGUACGAACCAGCUGGGCGAUCCCAGCUAAAUGCUUCUUCUUCAAAACUUGGGGUGAAGGUGUUAAUCCAGAUGCGCCUUUAGCCUACCUGAUUCUCAUCACAUCGUAUAUCUGGAAGAUUGGUGCGUUGUUCAAAAGCUCUCGAAACAUAUUUCACCGUCGAAUCAGAGGACCUACCGAAUACUUGCUAGAGCGGAGAUUACAUGCCGAAGCGCUUAAAGCUCCAAGACGGCGCGCAAAGCGAUACACUCUGUCAUGGAAGUAUCAUGCAGCAAUGACAGUCUACAUAAUCUCCUUGGCGAUCUUCGAGUUUGCUGCGUCAUUUGCUGCAUCUCUGUGGUUGUCGUAUGUUGGUCUGGUCUACGGUACCAUCCAGAUUGUCAUUCCACGUCAGCAAAACGCUUGGUGGAACAAANAGGAGGAUGAGUGGACGUUUGGUCAGAUUGUACCUCUUGUUUUGCUCAUCCAACCGCUGGGUGCGAUCCUUGAGAACUACAGAGGGCGCAAGCACAAGAAGAAUUCUGAUCGCGCCUCUCUCGACAGCGAGGACGAGGAAGAAUCCUACGAGCUCGGUUCCAUGUUACCACAUCGAAACACCUUGGACGAUCCACAGACCUUUUCAGCAAUGUUCGCUGCGCUCGAGGUUUUGAGACCCUCUCAACGUUCAGUGGAAACACUGGAACAUCAGAUACCAUUCUACACUUCGACACUGUUCGCUACCAUUAUCGUCUGGAUGCAGAUCGGUGUAGCAGUAAUCUCUUCCGUCGUUUUCUGGAUUGAUGCUGACAGCAUCGGCUAUAUCACGAGCCACAACUACUACUUUGUGCUCAUCGGUGUUGGGUCUUGUCUUGGUGCUAUGAUCAUAUGGACGCUGGCAUCUAUACCUUUUAGCCGGGUGUUCAAGUAA